CUAGUCUACGCUAACACUUGUUGGUGGAAAAGUGAUGAAGGAGCAGGUUGCAGGUCCGUUAUGUUUGUUGUAUCGUUCCAACACGUAAAAUAUUUGUGUUUCCCACCAUCUUAUUCUUAGUUGUCAAACACUCCAAAUUUCUUGCAAACGCGUGCCACAUGAUUCAAAAUUUCAACUCUUCUUUUCUCUCUCGACCCAACAAGUCAAAACUUCUCCGAAUUUUCUAGGAUCAACGGUAAGACCAGGCCCGGUGCAAUCGUCAAUGUUUAAUUCCAUUCAAUAUUUGCUGCAUAUGAUUCACCACCGCCAUCGCACCAUUGAUCCGACUCACGAAAUUUCUCGUAUGUUGAUUCUUGCGUCUUAUUCAUACGAAAUUCAAUAGGUCUUUUGUUAGAUGGCUCGUUUGCUGUAUUUUUGGGGGCUGAGGUUAAGGAAUUGUGGAAGCUGAUUUAUGUGUUUCUAAUCAAGUUUUUGAAGAAAUUGGUGGUGUUUAGUUAAGAUGACCAGCGUCUUCAGAAGUAUUUUGCCCGAUUCUUCCGCGAAAACUGAGGAUGUCGAUGAUGGUGAUUAUAGUGUUGAGUACUCUUUCGCGAUGGAGUAUAGUGGGCCACCGGUUAGUCAUGAUAUUCCCCAGGUUGUUCCCAUUGAUAUUCGCCGGAUUCCGACCGCAUCCGUGGCGGCUAGGGCUGUUAUGCUCAAGGAUUUUACCUUGCCAGUUAUUCAGCCAGUAGUCAAAAGUGAUCAGUCUAAGAAGAACGUGUUAGGGGAGUCGAGUUCAGGUUCUAAAACGGCUGAGCGUUCAAGUAAAGUUGUGAGUUCAGGAAGGGUUUAUUCAAGAAAAUUGGACAAGGGUUCGAAUACGGAAGUUGCAUUGGCAACCACAGACGGAUAUGUUAGAAAAUCCAAUGAAUUGGGUGGUACUCAAAAUUCGACUGAUGGUGCUACGUUACCUAAUGAUACGAGUCAUGUUGAGGGCUUUAAUGGUGAAGGUAUCGCUGUUAUAUCAUAUGAUAAAUGUUCUAAUGCCAAGUCGCUGGAGGCUUCUUCUGAGAAUUCAUCAUGUGAUGGGGCUGAAGAUUGUGUAGUUGAACCUUCUGGCCUAGGCAAUAGAAUGUCUGCAGUGACUUUCCGCGAUUCACCAUCUAUUGACUCGAUCUCUGAGGAGAGUGAUGAAUAUGAAAACGCAAAUUUCCGAGAGAGGCCAGUGGCAUUGAAUGAUGGGAAGAAAGGUUCGUGCUAUAAGUGUCAUAAAAGGAACCGGUUUGCAGAAAAGGAAAUCUGCCUUGUUUGUGGUGCUAAGUAUUGUAAAAAUUGCCUGGUCAGAGCAAUGGGAUGUAUGCCAGAAGGGAGAAAAUGUAUAACCUGCAUAGGAUAUCCAAUUGAUGAAUCAAGAAGGGGGUCACUUGGAAAGUGUUCUGGAAUGCUGAAGAAACUGCUUGCCAGUGAUGCAGUUAAUCAAAUUAUGAGCUCCGAGCUUUCAUGUGAAGUCAAUCAGCUACCGUCCCAUUUAAUAUGUGUAAAUGGAAAGCCUCUGUCUAUUGGAGAGUUGGUCAUGUUGCAAAGCAGCCCAAAUCCUCCAAAGAAGCUCAGACCUGGAAAGUACUGGUAUGAUAAGGUUUCUGGAUUCUGGGGAAAGGAAGGAGAGAAACCAAGUCAGAUUAUCAGUGCUGAGCUGAAUAUUGGUUAUCGAAUUAGUGAAGAUGCUAGCAAUGGGGACACAAAUGUGUUGAUAAAUAAUCGGAGGAUCACUAAAGCAGAGCUCUGGAUGUUGCAGGCUGCUGGAAUCAACUGUGAAGGAAACAUUCACUUUUGGCUUACAGCAGAUGGAUCCUGUAUGCAUGAAGGGAUGAAUAAUAUCUUGGGCCAACUGUGGGCGAGGAAAAGGGUCAAGAUAGUAUGUGCUGCAUUGUCUCUGCCGUAUCCUUCUGAUACAUCAAUCUCUGAUGGUGUAGAAGUUGAUAAAGGCGCAGCUGAAGCUGUUGCAAGGAAUCUAGAACAGAAAAUGAUGAAUAAAAUUCUCCUAGUUGGUUCUGACCAGUCCGGUACUAGCACUAUAUUUAAACAGGCCAAGAUUGUAUAUGGUGUCCCAUUCUCAGAAGAUGAGAAACAGAGCAUCAAAUUCGUAAUCCAAAGAAAUGUAUACAGCUAUAUCGGUAUUCUGCUUGAGGGGUGUGCUCGUUUUGAAGAAGAUUAUUUGGUUGAGAUGAGGAGACAACAAGCCGAUGAACCUGGUCCUUCAGGAGACUCUGGAUCAGUCGACGAAAGCAAUAUCUAUUCACUUAACAGAAAGCUGAAAGCAUUUGCGGAUUGGCUACUUCAAACUAUGGUCUCCGGCAACCUGGAGUUGAUAUUCCCAGCUGCUACACAAAUGUAUUCACCUUUAGUCGAGGAGCUGUGGAAGGAUAAAGCUUUUCAAGCAACUUACAGGCGGAGAAAUGAACUACAUUCGCUGCCAAGAGCUGCUAACUACUUCUUAGAUCGCGCUGUUGAGAUCACACAAAUCGACUAUGAGCCUACUCAAAUGGACAUCUUGUACGCGGAGGGAAUAACCACGUCCAACGGGGUUGCAUCCAUGGAGUUUUCCUUCCCGAAAUCAUCUCUAGAUUGGUACAUGGACUCAGCGGACCAGAAUGAUGCGGCAAUAAGGUUAGUACAAUGGAUCAUUUGUAAGAGCAAGCACACUCGCUUGUUUCUGCUACUGAUCGCUUCCUGCCACUGCAGAUAUCAGCUCAUCAGAGUUCAUCUCAGCAGCCUUGGAGAGAACUGCAAGUGGUUGGAGAUGUUCGAAGACGUGGACCUAGUCGUGUUGUGCAUCUCCUUAACUGAUUACGACGAGUACCAUGAAGACAUGAAUGGGGUUCAGACGAACAAGAUGGUGGCGAGCAAGAAUAUUUUCGAGAGCAUCAUCACACAUCCAACUCUCUGCGACAAAAACUUCCUCCUCAUCCUCAACAAACUAGACCUUCUUGAGGAGAAGAUCGAAGGAGCCCCUCUAACGCAAUGCCCGUGGUUUCAAGACUUCAACCCGGUGAUCAGCAUCCAGCAGCACCGACCCAACAGCAUCGGCAACCCAUCUCUGGCGCAGCGCGCCUUCCAUUUCAUCGCGCUUAAGUUCAAGAGGCUGUUCACUUCACUGACUGAUCGGAAACUGUUUGUUUCCACGGGGACGGGGUUGGAGGCCGAGAGCGUGGACAGGGCUCUUCGGUACGGUCGAGAGAUUCUGAAGUGGAAUGAUGAGAUGCAGCCGGUUAGCAUGAAUGAGUCGUCUUGCGAGAGCAUUACCAUGGACCCUAGCGCUUCUUUAUAUAGUUGAUUCGUUGGUUUGUAUUAUAUUUGAGUUAAAUGUGCAUAUAAUAAUCAAGAUUAGGAGUUGCAAUAUGAUACAGAAUAUUACACACGUAGUUGUGAAGAGAUAUGUAGAGAAAGCAAGAUUCCUGGUGAUUUACAGAAUAAAAAGAAGAUUGGUUGCGGUCAGCUCGGCGCGAAGCGGUCCAUGAGCAAGAACAUGGUGGUUUCCGACAUUGUGUCCUCUCUUCUGGCCAGUGCCUGUUGUUUUGGCUCUUGGCUUUCUUCUACUUGUUGAGCAGCAUCCCCUUUUCUGGAAAUUAAAAAGAAUGGUUUUUUUCCUAUCAUCUUUGCACUUAACUUUGUCAGCUCUCCCACGCAUAAAUCUGCUGCAGCUGCCAUGAUGAGGUAGUAAAGGGAAUGGAAAAUGUCAAGUUUAUAUAGGGAAAGAGGGCGUCAAGAAAUUGUGGUAUGAAAGGAAAGAAAAAUCAAUGUGU